AUGAACGGCAAAGACGAACCGGUAGUGCCACCCUCGUCCCUAAUAAGGCGCGUGAGUUCGCGUUCCAUUCGAAAUUCGAUUUCGGAAGAGAAAGAAAAUGGCGUCGAUAACGGCGUUGGCGCGGUAAAAUCUUUCGUCAGCAAGUACAAAACAGCGCCAGAAGCGCUGAAGAGCUUCCAUCUGGUGGACGCUGAGAGCGAACUCGAGGUACCUGGCACGCCGAUGACACCAAGAACCUCAACAACACCCGGUCACGAGAACUGCACAUUCCACCAUGAUCUGGAGCUGGACCACAGACCACCUACCAGGGAGGCACUACUGCCCGACAUGGCAAGCUCCUACAGACUACUGCUCACAGGUUUAGGCGAGGACCCAGAAAGGCAAGGUUUACUGAAGACCCCAGAGAGAGCCGCCAAAGCCAUGCUUUUCUUCACAAAGGGCUACGACCAAAGUUUGGAAGAGGUCCUAAACAAUGCUAUAUUUGAUGAAGAUACAGACGAAAUGGUUGUAGUGAAGGAUAUUGAAAUGUUCUCCAUGUGUGAACACCAUCUGGUGCCAUUCUACGGGAAAGUUUCCAUUGGGUAUCUGCCACAGGGCAAGAUCCUUGGACUCAGCAAGUUAGCAAGGAUCGUGGAAAUCUUCUCUCGAAGACUGCAAGUGCAGGAAAGACUCACCAAACAGAUAGCCGUCGCCGUCACUCAAGCGGUUCGACCUGCCGGCGUCGCCGUCGUUAUAGAAGGAGUUCACAUGUGCAUGGUUAUGAGAGGAGUACAGAAGAUAAACAGCAAGACUGUAACCUCUACCAUGCUCGGAGUGUUCCGCGACGACCCAAAAACAAGGGAGGAAUUCCUUAACCUCGUCCACACCAAUCUGGUUAUUGUCUGCAAACUCUUCCUUCAGCCAAUAUCGGGACUUUGCUUGACAGGAGCACUCUAUCACUGGCAAUUUCACUUAGACUCGGCGUCAAGACCAAUCACCCCCAUCGUUGUCGUUGCGGAACUCGCGUCAGUAAUUUCGGACACCAUGGUCUCUCAUGCCAAAUGAGCGAUAGUCUAGUCUCCCGGAACGCCUGUAUCAAUGACGUCAUCCGCAGAGCUCUUGUCGCAGUCAAUGUGCCAGCGGUCCUAGACGAUGGCAAGAGACCUGACGGAAUGACGCUCAUUCCUUGGAAGCAGGGUCGUCCUCUUGGAUGGGACGCAACUUGCGUGGAUACGCUCGCUCCGUGCCAUAC